AUGUCAGGGGUAAAGGAGCUGCGCAGUGGGGAAAUGCCUGGGAAGCUCCUAUCUGCGAAAGUCAAGGUGCGGAAGGAAAGGACCAUGAUCCCAUCGCUGAAAUGGAAGGGGACGGAGCACAAGGACAACAAGAGCAUUCUGAGCGCGGCGUCGGAGUUCUACGCGGAUCUUUUCGCCGAGCCCCCGCCGCGGGGGGAGAUGCCGACCUGGCCGAUUGACCCGCGCAAGCGGCUGUGGGAGGAGGACAGGGAGCAGCUGGAUGCGGAAUGGUCGGAGGAUGAAGUCAAACAGGCGCUCAAGGACAUGGCAAACGGCAAGUCCCCGGGUGCGGACGGGAUCCCCAAGGAGUUUUACAGUCGCCACUGGGACCUGCUGGGCGGGGAUCUUCUCGGGUUCGUGCGGAAGUUCGAGGAAACGGCGAUUUUACCGGCAUCUGCGCAGGAGGCAGUCACCAUCCUCCUGCACAAGAAGGGGCCGAGGGACCAAGUUCAGAACUACCGGCCGAUCACGCUUCUGAAUAGCACGUACAAGCUGAUCGCCCGGGUGAUUGCUAACAGAAUGAGGAAGGUGCUGGACAAAGUGAUCUCGGAAGAGCAAUAUGGAUUCUUACCGGGCAGAAGGCUUUCUGACGGCGUUUCGCUUAUCGCUAACGUGGUUGAGGCAGCAAAAAACAAAAAUGAAGAUUGGUACCUCCUGCUUGUGGACUUCCAGAAGGCCUUCGACUCUGUCUCACGUGAUUUCUUGUUCACAACGAUGGAGCGGAUGGGUUUUUCGCGGAGGUUUGUCGGGUGGUGCAGAGGCCUGCACGAGGGUUCAUCUACGAGGCUGCUCCUUAACGGUUGGCUGGGGGAGAGCGUCGCCGUCCGGAAAGGCGUGCGGCAGGGGUGUCCACUUGCGCCGUACUUGUUUCUCUGCGCGGUAGAACCAAUCUGCCAAGAGGCAAAAAGAAGGAAACUGGGGAUCAGUAACCCGUUUGGCGGAAGGCUGGCCUACCUGGGGUACGCGGACGACACGACGUUGGUGCUGGAUGGCAAGCGGCAGAUUGGUCGGGCGGUGAAGCUGCUCGAAGAUUUCGGGGAGAGGUCAGGCCUCCGGGUAAACAUGGAGAAGUCAGCCCUCCUUCCGCUGGGGAGCAACCUGACAAAAAAGGCAGACAAAGACUCAUUAUUUCGCUGGGUAAAGCCAAAUGAAGCGGAGCGACUACUUGGAGUAUGGAUCUCGCCCUCUGGGGACGCGGCCGUAACAUGGGAGAUUACGCUGGAACGGGCAGCUGCGGAGUUCGGGAAGUGGCAGGUCCACUACCUGACCACUACGGCGAGAGUAGUGGUGGUGAACGGCUACGUGAACCCCAUCCUCGCCUUUCAAGCGCAAGUGUAUGCACCUCCCCCGGAGAUCUGGGCGAAGAUCGUGAAGCUGCUCCACAACUUUGUAUCUGGAAACUACGCGACAGCGGGGAAGCAGUUCGCGCUCUGGAGCCAGGAGUUGCUGUUUAAGCCACGGAAGGAGGGAGGUCUGGGCGUCCGAGAUCCCUUCACGGAGCUGGGUGGCUAUGCCGCGAGGCGGGUGGCGCUUCUGAUGUCGCAGCAAGGCGGGUUUCGUGCUGACCUGGCACACACGGCAGCAGACAUUCAGGAUUGUCAAGUCUUCUGGGGGCACAAGGACCAGAUGAAGCAGUGGAAGGGGAAAAGCGACAGAUGGAAGCGCACCUGCGAGCUCUUCCUGGAGUCCAACUUUGCGGAGAGUAUCGCGGCGUCCACGGUCUGGGAGGUGGAGCAGGAGCUGUUGCUGUACAAUCGCUGCCUCCUGCCGAACGGGAAGAAACCUGCGGGGAGGCAAAACGCGGCAAAAGGGCUUGCGCGAUCAACCAUGCGGGACCUGAUAGUUGUUCACCCAGAUGGUUCCAGAACGCUGAAAACUGAGGAGGAAAUGGGAAGAUCCUUCGGGGGAGAUGCAGGAGGGAAGCUGGCAAAGCGGAUUUUCGACGCAGCCCCUGACGAGUGGAAGCAGCUGCUGCUAACACCAAUCACGGCGGAGAAAGUCGUGGAGGUAUCUGGUUUUGUAUUAAAGGCGGGGACCAGCCAUGGCCUCUGGAAGGUGGUCAGUGCAGAUGGCAACUUGCUAGUCUGCCGAGCAUUCCGCUGCGUCUCUGGCGUGCUAGGUGAUGCAGAGGAGCGUUACUGCACGCUGCAUGUUUGGGAGGUGACUCCUGCCGUCAUCAGGGAGGGGCGCUUUCUGGGGCCUGCGGGGAGCCCCAAAGCGAGGUUGCUGUGCUCACCAAUAUGGGAAGGUGGCUGUCCGGCAAAACUCAAACAGCUUCGGAAGGGUUUUGAGAGGCUUGGUGGGAAGCCGGGGCAGCAGACUGCUUGGGAGGAGGUACGGGGCCGCCCGAUCGACUGGCAGAGGGCGAUAAGCGUGCGGGACUCAGAAGCUAUUCCAAACCGGGCGCGUGACGUGCUGCUCCGGAUCCACAGUAGAAACCUGCAAGUAGGAGAGAGGUUGCAUUUUCUCGGAGCGGCGGUCGCUUGCGCGCAUUGUGGGGAAAGGGAAACGCUGGAACACGCACUCUUCCACUGUCCGCGCAUUCAGCCGGUGGUCCGGGCGCUGCUGAGAGCAAUUCGCAUGCUCAAUCCGAGGAGGAAGGUGGAGUCGUUGGGGGAUCUCCUGUUCCAGAAAGCGGGAAUCGCGGCGGCUUUCCAGUUGCAUGUCAAGAUUUACACUCGUGCUAAGGCAGCGAAGCGGAGGCUUGGUGUUUCUCGUGCCAACCUGGACGGGGAUGAGCGCCGAGCCAUGGAUAGAAUCUGGGACACGUCGAUAAAGCCGGCCACGUGGGCGAAAGGUUUCAUGUCCCUGUGGUCGAAUCCGAAGGCUGCUUUCCGUCCUCCGUAG